AUGGCGCCAUGGCACGAAAGCCGCCACCAGCCGUUGUUCCUGCUGGCGCUGGCGGGCCUACCGACCACUGACGGUCAGCACAUCUGGGCAAGGCAGAGAGCACCGACUGCGGCGUCGACGCGGCCCUCUGUCGCACACGGCCCCGUCCCCCGUUCUGCCCUUGGCGUUGCCUUUGCCUGGGGCCUGCUGGUCGUGCAGACGUGUCGGUGCGCCGGUGACGGGGUCGCCUUGUACUGUUCGCCAGGGUGUCGUGUCGGCCUCGACGGAGCCGUCGCCUUGGGUCGCUUGCUCGUCACUUUCUCGCCGUCGCCCGUCGCCGCUGCCGUCGGCCGCCGUCGUCGACUCCCAACAUCACGUUCCGUGGCCGCUCCCACUCAUGCUUCCGCUCCGAUGCCAGCGGCCACCGGCGAUCAUCGGCUCGCUCGUGAACGGGCAAACAAAACUGUUCGCCUCGCCACACCGCAACGACGAGCCCGGAUCUUGUCACUCCUCGACGUGACGGAUCGGCACCCCACGCCAUGGCAUGACGGCGAGGCAACCGACUCUCCAUCGAUCCAGGGCCCCUCAGAAAAACCAGAAGGACCAGACCACCGUCCAGCCUCACUCGUGCCGUUGGUGUAA